GAUUCUUCGCCAUGUCGGAAGCAAAAAUGACGAUCGACGACGAAUUCAAAAUCUGGCUGUCUAAAACUUUGGACGCCAAGUUUGCGGCACAAGAGGCCGCAAUCCGGGAGAUGUUGCUUUCACUUGCCACGGCGGGAUUUGAGCAAGAAAUCUCCAAAGGUGCGGGUGUUGCUUCGAUGCCUCUGAGCGAGAUAUCGGACCUCGUCCCCAAGAUGGAGUUGGAGUUUGGCGAGAAGGAUGAUAAGGAAAGCGAGACGGGCUCCCCGGGCGUGCAAGCUCCAGUGCCACGCUUGGGAAAACACAUCCUGAGCGAAAAGCUUGCACCCGAUCCGCCCUUCAAAGUUUUUGUCAAGCGCUCCUUGGAUUCCUACAUGAGUUUGGUGGUCAUCAUCAACCUGGUUUUCAUUGCAGCCAUGACCGAGUUUCAGGCGGCCCAGGCAGACUACGGUCUUGGCAUGGCCAAGCACGCAUGGCACGGGGUAUCUGAAAACACCUUUGAAGUGGCGGAAUAUGUCUUUUUCAGCAUCUAUUUCUUUGAUCUAGUGGUUCGGAUUAUCAUUUUGAGGAAGGAAUGGUAUUACGAUCGAAUUGAAGGCUGGAUGUACCUCAACAUGUUCGAUGCAGUCCUUGUGAUGAUCAACAUUUUCGAGUUGUUUGCUUUACCAGCGCUCUACAUGGGAGACCAGCAUCAAAAUGCCACGCCCAUUCGGGUCAUCAAACUGGUGCGGAUCAUCCGCACCUUGCGUAUUUUUAAGACAGUCUCGUUAUUCCGUCAGUUGCGGAUUUUGGUCGGAACCUGUGUUGCGAGCAUUGGUGCAUUGUUUUGGUCCAUGGUUCUAUUGAUGGUUCUGCAAAUUGGAUUUGCCCUGGCAAUUUGCCAAGCAUUGCAGUUGUUCAUUGCCGACGAAAGGGAAGAGUUGGCCGACAGACUGGAAAUGCGCCAGUACUAUGGCAAUUUCUUGAAGACCGUUUACACGAUGUUUGAGAUCACAUUCAGCGGGAGUUGGCCUGCACGUGUGCGACCUGUGACUUCCAAAGUCAGUGGAUGGUAUGCCAUACCCUUUCUGUCUUACAUCGCAUUGGUGGUCUUCGCGGUCAUAAAAAUCGUCACUGCGCUGUUCUUGAAGGAGACUCUGCACUCGGCAGCCAACGAUGCGGACAUGAUGUUGGAAGACAGCGAGCGCGUGUCCAAGGCCUAUCAGAACAAGAUCGAGGGACUCUUCCGAUUGGCGGACAACGACGGGGACGGCCUCCUCACCCUUCAGGAGUUCAUGGAAACGAUGAACCUUCGAAGUGUGCAGCACUACCUGAAGGUUUUGGAUGUGACGGUCAACGAUUCUCGUAUUCUCUUCGACAUUUUGGAUGAUGGGGAUGGUCUAGUGACAAUCACCGAGUUUUGCCAGGGCAUUUCGAAACUCCGGGGCAAUGUGAAACCCAUCGAUUUUGUGACCUUGCGCCGGGAAAACAGUCGCAUUCUCAAGGAAUGCCGACAUACUUCCAAGGAUGUGAGGCAUUUUGGCCAGAUGCUACGGGCGCUGCUGAAUUCCAAUCUCCUAGGCAAGUUCGGGGCCGCUUCCAGCCCGUUGCACUCACAGAAUUUGGUUCCAUGUGAGGGCCGUGAGUCUACUGCAUCUUUUGAAGCGUAGGUCAGGAGACACGGCAUGUUGUUGCCUACCUUAAAAGUUAAGGCCAUAGAAGCAAUAAGAACAUUUUACUUGAUAAAUGACACCCGAAGUACAGUCCUGAUAGCACUGGUCUUCUUCAAAUACGUCAACAGCAGAGGGAACAUGCUUGAUCCUGGGCCAAGAUGUUUUGAAGAGGGCCGGCAACUGUGUCUCACCGCUUGUCUCACAAUUGCUUUAUGUCUCAUGUAUAUACUGUAUAUAUAUACAUAAUAUGAUUAUCAGCAACAGAAAAGGAUGUGCCUGUCUUCGCUCCAUGGAAUGCCUUCGC